AUGGAUUUAUUGAAACAAGUGAAAAAACAGCAAACUUAUGACUAUAUUUUAAUAGUUAACGGGGGAAAUAUUACCACACCUAUGGAGUCCUGUUUACUGUUGGAGUUGCUAAGAAAAAUUGAAAUUCCUAGUAUUUUCUUAAAUACAAGGGAAUUGGAAAUUAUGAAAAGCUCAACACAUUCCACUAAUGUAAUAAUAAUGUCCUGCCAUUAUAUGGAAUACAAUAAUGAGUAUUGGUUCAAUACCGAUUAUCAAUUAGCACCACAUAUCAUUUUAGCUACAGAUGAGGAAGAUAUUUUUGACAUUUGUCAAACUCUUAUGAAAACGGAAGUUUAUAAAGCGGUUAUUAUAUUAAAAGACUAUGGCUCAACAAAAACUUACCACAGUUGCAAAGUAGACUUCGGAAAAGUAGAUAAAGUGGCUGAAAUUAUUCCUGGUGUAUUCGAAGAAAAUGUUCAGGUUUUUCCCUAUCUAUGGACUAAUAUAGAAAAUGUUAAAAUAUCCACCCAUCCGGAUCAAAUGUUGCCGCGUAGUUUUAUUUAUUACAAUGCCUCUGGUGCCAUCAAAAUGGAUGGUUAUGUGGGUAAUAUAUUGGAAACAUUUUCAGAACGUGUAAAUGCUGCUCUGGUCUAUAAAUAUCCUUUAAAAGUGGGCAUAAAAACAUUUUUUGAAAUUCUAGAGAAUCGUACUUUGGAGGGCAAGUUGGAUGUGGCAACUGGUGUUAGACCGGUUUAUGAUGAUUUAAUAAAUUUGGCCUAUCCCGUGGAAUUUAUGGAUUUUUGCUACAUGAUACCUUUGCCACAUUAUUUACCCACUAAUAUUUUAUAUUUCAUUGUAGUGGACACUAGAACCAUGGUCAUUAUCUUAAUGUUGCUGUAUAUCUACGCCAUUCUAAUAACUUUGGCUGAGUAUAGAUCCAAGGAGUACUUGACUUUCAUUAAUGUGUUUUUGAAUGAUAAGAGUAUACGUGGUCUUUUGGGUCAAUCAUUUAUAAUGCCCGAUAAGUCUAGCUUAUUGUUAAAAUAUGUUUGUUUUCUAAUAUGUUUAACCAGCCUACUGCUUAAUACCGCCUAUCAGGCCUAUUUACAAUCGUAUUUUACCGAACCUCCUUCUAAACAACUGGUGCUUACAUAUGAUGACAUACGUCAGGCAGGCUUGCAUAUUAAGGCCAGCACACGUGAAUUAAAGUAUCUGGAUCCUUAUAUAGUCAAUAAAUACAAAGACAUUUUUAUAUUUUACGAAAACUAUGAUUUGUAUGUGGAACAACGUGACACUAUGGAUACUAGUUAUGCCUAUACCGUUACUAGACCCCUGUGGUCGGUCUAUCAUGAAAAACAGAAACUUUUCGAACGCCGCAUGUAUUACUAUUCCUCGCAAUUGUGUUUGAAAGAGCUAUUUUUGGUUGCCAUGCCUGUGAGACCUGGUUGGCCCUAUCGUGAUCUUUUCAAUCGUCAUAUUAUGCAAUUACGUGAUGUCGGUCUUAUGGAACAUUGGACCAGUAAUACUUUCUUAACAAUGUUAAAAUUUGGCCAUACGAAUUUUGAAGAUUUAAGUACAGCCGAUAUAGAGGAAGAUGAAAUCACACUAGAUGAUCUAUUUUGGAUAUGGGUGUUGUAUACGAUUUGUAUUACUAUAUCUAGCGUGGUAUUUAUAGGGGAAAUAAUUGUUAUGAGAUUUUUAAAUAAUAUUAUUUAA